AUGUCGUCCACCGCCACAGUUACGCAGACUCGGCCGAAGUGGUCAGUAGAAUACGACACUGUCAAAAGGCACAAGCUGUUUCGAAAUACACCAAAAGAUCAGAGUGCAUUCCCAGCCCUCCAAGCUGCAGUGAAACCACACGUCGAAUCCUUCAACGCGAUAUGGGGCGAAAAGUUGAUCGAUGAAGCACUGAAAGAUAUCGGAAUACACACUGUUGUUGAUGGCGAUUUACGGAACCCCAAUCGAUCGGUUCCCAGGAACAAACUAGAUUUGAGAGUCACCGAGGUCAUUCUAGAAAAGGCUGUCCUACCGCCCUCUAACAAAUUCAGUAUCCAAGAUCGAAACAUAUACCCUGCCGAGUGUCGGGAACGACAUGCUACUUACCGAGGCAAGCUAAGGGCACGGUUACAAUACAGAAUAAAUAAUGGUGACUGGAAAGAGUCGAUACGAGAUGUUGGACAAAUGCCCAUUAUGCUCCGUUCGAAUAAAUGUCAUCUUGAAAAGUUCUCUCCGGCAGAAAUGGUUCGCUACAAGGAAGAGUCGGAAGAGAUGGGAGGCUACUUCAUUGUGAAUGGCAACGAGAAGCUCAUACGAAUGCUCAUAGCAUCAAAGAGGAACUAUCCGAUGGCUAUCGAACGAAAUGCCUUCACCAACAGAGGCCCCACGUUUUCAAAAUACGGUGUCCAGAUACGCUCCGUCCGACCUGAUCAAACUUCUCAAACCAACGUCCUUCACUACCUCACAGAUGGCAAUGUCACUUUCCGGUUUUCCUGGAGGAAAAAUGAAUACCUUGUACCGGUAGUGAUGAUUCUGAAGGCUCUCGUCGAGACCAAUGAUCGAGAAAUCGCGGAGGGUAUCAUUGGCGUGUCGGCGAACAAAUCUGCAGAUUCAUUCGUUACUGACAGAACCGAAUUACUCCUGCGGACAUACAAAGCCUAUAACCUCAAGACGAGAGCACAGACGCUAGCCUAUCUGGGAGAGAAAUUCCGACCAGUCCUAGGGAAUCCUGUCACAAUGUCGGAUGAAAAGGUAGGAGAAGACUUCUUGAGAAAAGUCGUGCUGCCGCAUCUCGGCAACGUGGACGUCACUCCUGCUCAGAACAACGACAAAUUUCAAUUGAUACUAUUUAUGAUCCGCAAGUUAUAUGCCAUCGCGGCUGGCGAUUGUUCACUAGACAAUCCUGAUGCAGUAUCGAACCAAGAAAUCCUGCUUGGAGGCUUUUUGUACGGCAUGAUCUUGAAAGAGGGUAUCCAUGAUUGGGUCACGUCUAUCGGACUCGCUGCUCGUGAGUGGUUACGAAACAAGAACGAUGCCAAAUUCACAGACCCUGGCUUCGAAGCAGAUUUCCUUCCCCUGAUCGUCCGAAGGACCAACGAGAAUAUUGGAGGAAAGCUGGAAUACUUCCUGUCUACGGGAAAUCUCGUGAGUCAAACGGGUUUGGAUCUAUCACAAACGUCUGGUUUCACCAUCGUCGCCGAAAAGAUCAACUUCUAUCGAUUCAUCAGUCAUUUUAGGUGUAUACAUCGAGGCACGUUCUUCGCACAAUUGAAAACAACCACCGUACGGAAGCUUUUGCCAGAAAGCUGGGGUUUCUUAUGUCCUGUGCAUACCCCAGAUGGCUCGCCCUGUGGCUUGCUUAAUCACCUCGCCCAUCAGUGUAUGGUCCAGAUCAAGAAAAUCGACACUUCUGGCAUUGAAAAGGCGGUUGUGCAACUCGGUCUCUCACCAGUGCCAGACGUGGAAGUUAAGGAUAGCUUGUCAAUCCAACUCGAUGGACGAAUCCUCGGAUACUGCCCUGCGCAACGAGCCCGAGAGAUCUCACAGCUUCUGCGUCACUGGAAAGUCAAUGGCCAACACAAUAUUCCGAAUGAGCUCGAAAUUGGACUUGUUCCUACCUCAAACGGUGGCUUGUAUCCUGGACUGUACCUCUUCACCGAUCCUUCUCGCAUGUUACGGCCUGUCAAAUAUAUUCCCGCAGACAAGCUCGAUUAUGUUGGACCCUUCGAGCAGCAAUACAUGAACAUUGCUUGUGUUGAUGCUGACAUUAUUCCCAACUUGACCACCCAUAUCGAAUACAAGCCUACGAACAUCCUGUCCAUUCUCGCCAACAUGACACCGUUCUCCGACUUUAAUCAGUCACCCAGAAACAUGUAUCAAUGCCAGAUGAGCAAGCAAGCCAUGGGCACUCCUUCCUCGAACUUGAUGUGCCGGACAGAUAACAAGGCCUACCUUCUCCAGACGGGUCAAACACCCGUGGUCAGACCACCUUUGUACAACGAAUAUGGUCUUGACAACUUCCCAAAUGGAAUGAAUGCCGUUGUCGCCGUCAUUUCGUACACAGGCUACGACAUGGACGACGCCAUGAUUAUCAACAAAUCCGCGCACGAACGCGGGUUCGGGGAUGGUGUUAUUUACAAGACAAAGGUGUAUCACCUAGACGAGAAGGCUCGGACCCUCCGAUCGAAGACAGAAAUCAAGUCACUGUUUGGCUUCGCUGAAGCCGACCCAAACAUCCCCGAGCAGGCCGUCCGUGGGCUUGAUGAAGAUGGUCUGCCGGCCAUCGGUACCAAAGUCUGCGAAGGCGAUAUCGUUCUGGCAUACCACAGUGUCAUGUUCGACCCGUCUCAAGGGAAGCUCAAGAACUUGGACGGAAAGACCAACUAUUUCAAGUACAAAGAUGCGGAGGAGGCAUACAUCGAUCAGAUCCGACUUAUUGGGUCCGAAAGUGGCGACCAGCCAUGUCAAGCGAUAAGCAUCAAAUACCGCAUCCCUCGAAGGCCGAUCAUUGGAGACAAGUUUUCGUCGCGACACGGUCAGAAAGGUGUGUGCUCGAUGCUUUGGCCCAGCGAGGACAUGCCGUUCAGUGAGUCGGGUAUCCAGCCCGAUGUCAUUAUCAACCCACACGCCUUCCCUUCUCGAAUGACAAUCGGUAUGUUUGUCGAGUCACUCGCCGGAAAGUCCGGGGCCCUCCACGGGCUGGCGCAGGACUGUACGCCGUUCUCCUUCGACGAGGACAACACGGCUGGCAACUUCUUCGGUGAACAGCUCCGUGAGGCGGGGUACAAUUUCUACGGCAACGAACCGAUGUACAGUGGCAUCACCGGCAAGGAAUUCGCAGCCGACAUCUACAUGGGCGUCGUCUACUACCAGCGCUUGCGGCACAUGGUAAGCGACAAGUUCCAGGUCCGUACGACGGGUCCCGUCAACGCGCUCCACGGCCAGCCGAUAAAGGGCAGGAGCAAAGGUGGCGGUAUCCGUGUAGGUGAAAUGGAGAGAGAUUCUCUGAUUGCACACGGUUGCGCGUAUCUGCUGCAGGAUCGUCUGAUGGACUGCAGUGACAAGAGCCGUGCUUGGGUCUGUCGGUCCUGCGGCAGUUUCUUGAGUACCAUGAUGGUGCCGAAUCAGUUCACCGUCGGCAAGAGAGGUGGUCGCGUCGAACCCAGUGGUGUCGUGAGGUGCCGGGCUUGUGCUCGACCUGCUACGUUCAAGGAUAGCAAGAUGACCAUCUGGGAAGACGGGGCGGGGAGGAAAUACGUCGGCGGCGACAAUACUACUGUUGUCAAUGUUCCUGGAGUGUUGCGCUAUUUGGAUGUCGAGUUGGCAGCCAUGGGCGUCCGAACUUCAUUCGAGAUUGAGAAUUGA